AUGUCGCUUCGGCGAAGACAACAACUCAUUCGCCUCGCACGAGAAUUUGAUGCCCUCGUGGUUACCGACGAUGUGUACGACAUACUACGCUGGCCAGUGGAUAAAGAUGGAAGCUAUGAGAGCCUCGGUGACGUACCUCCCCGAAUCGUCGACGUCGAUCGCACGCUUGAAGGAGGCCCUAAAGAUGAAUGGGGUAAUGCUAUGAGCAAUGGUUCGUUCUCAAAGAUCAUAGCACCGGGUGUACGAGUAGGCUGGGCAGAAGCGACUCCUGCGUUCACGCUUGCACUGUCACAAGUGGGUGCGACUAGAUCUGGAGGCUGUCCCGCACACAUGGCUGCUUCAUUCGUUCAUGAGGUGCUUGAGUCUGGGUUGUUGCGCAAGCAUCUUGAAACCAAAGUUCUUCCGACGUUUCGGGCUCGCUAUUAUGCUAUGCUGGAAGGGAUAGAAAACUUUCUGGUACCGCUGGGUGUCACUAUCUCUACUGGGAAGCCGUACAAUGAGAAUUCUGGCCAAGCGAGCGGCGCGGACACUAGUCCUGAGGAGUCUUCUGCGCAAGCUGGAGGCUACUUCAUUUGGUUACUGUUACCAGAAGGUCUGGUUGGAAAGGGUGCUGAUUUGGCUGCCAAAGGCUUGGAGAAAUACAAUGUAAAGUUUGCAUAUGGGGACAUGAUGCAAGUGCAAGGAGACGCUACAUCCGCCGUUCGUGCUGCAAAGGGCUAUGGAAAUGGCAUACGUUUGUCAUGGGCAUGGCACACCGAAGUAGAGAUUCUUGAAGGUAUUAAGAGAUUAAGUGCAUUGAUCAAGGAAGGUAGUAAGUAG